AUGCGCAGGCCAACGCAGAGUGACUUUUUGUUCCUCUGCAUUCCUCCGCUGACGGAGGCUAAUGUAUCCUAUACCGUAAGAGGGUGGUAUCCCACGCCCUCAAAUCGUCGGAUCUGGCGCGUAAUCCUGGUAAUUACCAAUACGAAUAAUCUCGCUUGCACCGCGCCCAUUCCCUUCUUGGGGAUAAAGGGGGAAGAGGGACACAAAAAGGUAAAGGGGAAGACGGAGCGCGACUGUCACCUCUCGCCAUCCCUCGUCCUCGUCGUCGUCGUUAGCAGCAAGCGGGUGCUUGCUGCCACAGACGACACGGAAAUCGGAGACCUUCCCAUCGCGACAAUACCAUCUCUGAGGCGUUCAGUGACUCCAGGGGCUUCAGGCCUCCAGGCUGCUCCCUCGCUCGGAUUGCCGCCCUCCCGAAUCCCCUCCCCGGCUCCUAGCAACUACGGUGCCGCCAGCAGUUUGGUCUCUCUUCCAUCGUUACCCAAGUACCACGCUGAAUCUGAUUCCCUCUCCUCAUCUCCGGAACACAGGAAAACUGAUAGCAGCGUUUACUACACUACGGUCUGGGGCUCACCGUAUGCGACUCCGAGUCCCAAGCGAUAUCCCUCGUCUUUUCUGAGAAAUCGUCGACGGGAAGGAAGUUAUAGCAAUAACACUAACAGCGAGGAAGAUUCUCCUUCGUCUACGAAAAGUACCCAUUCUAAUUCAAGAAAGAGAAGUGGUAGUAAUCACAAAGGUUCCGUAAAACCGUCCUCCUCGCGCGUCUCAAGGCGCUUCUACGGCUCCAUCGGCCGAGGCGCGGCAAGGGGCCGACAGGGGAAUCCUAUCAAGGAUUUUACGGAAGAGUGGAUCAAUCAGUAUCUGUCCGGACAGCCGCGAACAGAGCGCACAAACUGGUUAAGUGACGACUCAGCGGAUAGUGGCACGGGUUCAUUUCUGACAGCCAGAAAUCACCUGAGCGAGGACCAGUCUGAGGGUUGGCUUGGUCUUGAGGACGAUUCUCAGGACGAAGACCUCCUCAAAACCCCCACAUCGCGCAGCUUUGGUAGAAACAAAUCCAAGGACUUGCUUCUUCCUCGGGACAACGGCCGUCCGCCUCGAUCUCGCGUCCGGCCGAAACACAUCCCUAAGAAAAGCACGGAUACUUUGAAACAGUCCGACUUUUGGGAUAUUGGACACGAAUUGGCCCCUACUCCUACCUCAGCAGCAGCAAUGUCGGACAAAGAGGCUUCGUCCAAAGCUUCCCUAAGCCCUCAUCCAAACGGCUCCUCGUCAGCUGGUGACUCGAGCCUUCCGAUUUCGCCCAUUGAUAAGCCACUUCCCCCACCACCACCGAAUGAAGCCAAUGGCGGUGUCAAUCAUCCCCCUCUCCCUGCCAGUCCACUUGUUGUCCCCAAACAAACCAGGACAUCAACCCCUGGUUUUCAACGACCUAGGAAGAAAGUGCAAUGGGGAAAGAAACAGUGCAUCAUUGCAUUACCCCUUGAGGACCGUCGCGGUUCCAGCCAGGGCGGCUUCCAUCUGCUUACACCCACUGAUGUGGCGAGCCGGCUAAAGAAAUGGGAAGAACAGGGAUAUGACGACGGAUCCCGUGUCAAGGGGUUGGAUGCCAUCUCGCAGAGCCGGCCAGCAUUCCCAGACCCCCACGAAUCUCAGAGGGAAUGGCGGGAGAACAAAUAUACCAUCAGUUUCCCCGACCAAUCCGAGUGGGAGGCGUAUGUCAAUUUUCUCAAAGAAGAAAAGUUACGUGCAUUGGGUGUAUUCCUCGACUCCGACCCACCUGCUUCAGCCACCGGUAUUUCCCCAGGGGGAUCUUUACCUAUGAGCCAGGCUUCGUCUCAAUUCCCUAAUACUAACCUUCCAUUCUCUCCACCAAUCCCAACAUCAUCCGCAGCUAGUAACCCAUUUGGCCUGUCAACGAACGCCUUCUCCGCACCACUCAAUCAAGCUACACUAGCAGCCUCAACACCUGGCGCAUUUGCGUCACCUGCUACAUCACCAUUUGGCUUACCGAGCAGCUCCUCCUUCCCUGCUCAGCCUGGUCUCAUUGGGACAGAUCAUUCCUUCAACACCCAAGGGUUCCCAUUCAUUCCCUUCCAGCCCACACCCCCCGCGCAGAGUGCUUUGGCGUCACCGAAUUUCUUCGUCGGGCACCAGGGGGUUGUUUCUCCUGCGGGUUCUGCAGCGAAUAAUUUGUCGAAUAUAAAUAAUAUAAAUUCUAUGCUGCCGCCUAUUUCGCCCUUGGCGUCUGAUGAUGCGAAGCAGAUACAUUUGCAGUUCCCUAACACGGCGGGUUUGCUGUCGCAGUUGCAGGGCCCGCUACCCAUUUUAUCGCAGCAGCAGCAACACCAUCAGCAGCCACAACAACAGGAGAAGCGACAGCGACAGCACGAAGAAGAUCCCAGUCAACUCGUUGCCUCGCGUUCGAAUACCGAAACGCCGGCGGAUUCCGAUGCCACAAACUCCCCAUCGUCGGGUCCAGAAAUUGCCCAUCCAACCCCUCGUGGACAUCGUCAUAACGUGAGCGAAACACUACAGAAGGGUGUGGAGCAGGCGGAGUACCAUCUUGAAGAUGUCAUUAGGCGUCAAUUGGAGGAAGAAGAUAAGAAUGAACACGAUUGCGAGCCUACUGAUGAUUUAAUGAAGUCGCGGUGGGCUGUGGCUGAUGAACCCGUGUCAAAUCUUUCCAAUGUGCCAGCAAAGGUGUUGCCGCAGCAGUUGCUCUUUGGUGAGCAAAACGAUGAUGGCGAAGGUGAAGGAGAUCUCCCACUCGAUGCCUCCGACAUCAAUACAAACCCUAGCCUCUCAGGCUCCUUCCAUGGCCAGUUUGGCGAUCAAACAAGUACAACCUCUUUCAAACCACGACACAGAUCGCGCACGUCUGCGUCGACCCUCAACGUCGAGGCCAGGGAAUUCGACCCAUCCGGCUCCUUCGAGUCCAACACCUUUUCUUUUACAGGAUCUAGCUUCCAGCCACCGCAACAACAUCCACCACAUUAUCCAUCUUCCAAUACAAACAACAGCUUCCAACCCUCGCAUUCCAUCUUCAGCCCGCGCGUGUCACAACACAGCGCUACCUCUUCCAGCGCCUUCAACGUGACUGCGCCAUCAUUUGCACCGCUGGGGGGCAGUAAUACGAACACAACUCCCUCCAUCUCCUCAAAUACCAACUUCAAUUUCUCCACUGCGUCUUUUAACAUAGACGCACCUGUCUUUAACCCGGGCCGCAGCUUCGCUUCAGAUUCCACGGCAGAUGUCCCCAGCAAGACGGCCGUGUCCGGUUCCGACGGUACCCACGCAACAGCAGGUUUCACAGGCGGCAAGAUAUUUGGUGAUUUCGACAUGUCAUCCGUAAUCAUCAAGCCAGCCAAGCUGUCGAAGGCGAUUCCAAUAAUUCGACCGGAUGACAUUAGUAUGAAUAACACCAAUGUAAAUAAUAAGAAGAAGAAACCUGCAGAAGCUGCGGGGACAGUUGGUCCUCUUGGCCGGGAGAAGCGUGCUAGAAGGGAAGGGAGCGACGGGGACAAGGAAGUUGAGUUUGCGCUUCUGAGUCAUAGUCCAGUUGGUGGGAAUGGAGAUGAUAUGGUGCCGAUUAAUGAUAUUGUUGUGCCUGCGGGUGGAAAAGAAAAUGCGAAUGCUGUGUCCGGGUUAGUUGCGGGAGAGCCAGAGGUGGAUCAGAAUAUCGGCACUGAUAGCAAAGACAUCUACCCUGCCGCUCCUACCACUGCAGAUACCACGACAACUGUUGAGAGCGUCACUCCUGUCUCAAAUGAUACUCCUGUUAGCCAAACUGCAGAAUGGCGUCCUUUUGAGUUCAAAAACAGAUUUGAGGCUGCCGCUUUCAAUGAUGCGUUCCCUUCUGGUCCUGGGGUUCAUGGCCUCCAAAAUCUGUCGGACUCCAAGGGACAGAACCGGGUUGAACCUGCGAAUGAGGAUCCUACUGCAGUUACUAUGGAACGUGCUGAAAUCUCCGUUGACGAGCAAAUCUCCAAGAGCGUGGGCAAUGGGGGUGUUGAUAGCUCAUCUAAGGCGCCGCCCCCGGUACUUAAGCCUACUGCGGAGGCUUUUGAGUUCAAACCUGCAGCUCCGGUCGUUACUCCAGUUCCAACGCUUGUUAAGCAGAUGCAGCCAUCAUCUGGUCCAAAAAAUAACGUUGGUCUCGAAGGUUCCCGUUAUGCUGUAUCCACGCCGCCUUCAUCUCCACCACCAGCCAAGUACCUCGCAAGUACCAUUCCUCAACACUCUCCUAUGGUUGAUAAUCUCAGAGCUCUGGAAGAGGAGGAGGAAGAGACGUUGCCACUGAGUGAAGUGAUGACCGAGGAUGCGGAGCACGAUUCCCUCAAUGAGGAUGAGAUAGAUGCCGUCAUGAAGCAGCUAAAUGACGAUAACGCAGAUCUUGGUAUUGAGAGAUUCAACACCCCACAGCCACCAAACCAGGAUAUCUUUGCAGACCAGUCUACCCAACCGCAGCUGGUUCCCAGCUAUACUGUUCGCAGUAACGCUCCCAGCCCAAGUAUAAAAGGCAGCGAUCGCGCCUUCAGAAAUUUGCCCAGGAUACACUCAGAUCUUGAUGGGAAAUCCCAGCACCUACUAUCGCCAAAGCGAAGCGCUCUUAGUGGCGGUAGUCAAUCCCCUGUACGACAUCUCAAUAACCCCGAGAUCGAACACGUGAGUGAUUGGGACGAUGCUGUUUCCGUUGGCGAGGACGCGAAGCUGCGACAGAGAAGCCUCUUCUUCGACCGACAUGUGAACGAGAUUGUUGGUAGGAUCCUUGAGAACCGUCUUGAUCCUCUCGAGCAGACGUUAGGCAUCAUCCAGCAAUCGCUUGACGUUCUUGCUUCACGAUCAGUUAGCCAACGCAGGAGUAUCUCGGCUGAAUUUGUUGAACAUAGUGACGCAGAUGAUGAGGAUGAAGAGGAGGACGACACUUUCAUGAAAUAUAGGUCAAGAUCUCCGCUGAAUAGGAGGGAUAGACGUGUGGAUAAAAUCAAGCAAGCUGUCGCUGAAGCGCUGGCAAGCCAGGUUCCACGUAUCGAAACUAUCCCUCCACCGCCACCGCCUCCGGUCCCUGCUCUGGCUCCCUUGGUUGAUCUUUCGGAAAUCCAAACCGCGCUUGCGGAGAUAAAGACUCUUGCUAUGUCUAAACCGACUGAGCCCGCUCCAGAACCGCUAACCGAUAUUAGGCAAGUCAUUAUCGAUGCCAUUUCCGAACAUCCCCGACUUAAUGCGCCUGUUGAAUCCGUUUCUCAAAUUGAUAACAUGGAGGCGCUCAAGUUCCAAGUUGAAGGAAUGCAGGCAAUGUUACGAGUAGCCGAGGAGCGGGCUGAGAAGGAGUAUCAAACGCGCAAAGAUGCUCAGGAUUCCCUUGCUCAAUGUCAGCGACUUCUUAGAAUUGCAGAGGAAGAUGCAGCCCAGCAUCGUGAAUCAGCUCUAAAGGCGGAAGAAACCCUCAAAGACCUGAGAGAACGGAGACUUCCCGAAACGGAGCGGAUUGAGAGGCAAGCUAAACUACUCCAGGAACAGCAAGAGAGUUUACAACUCACUCUCUCGGAGCUGUCUAUGAAAAACAUUACUCUUGAAGAAACUCUGGAUGAGUACAGGGUUUCGGCAGACCACUGGAAGUCGCAGGUUGAGCAUGUUAAAAGUGAGAAUAAGGAUCUGAAACUUACGAUUAACCAUAUGAAGAGGCAGAUCGAGGAUAGCAUGGCUGCGCGACAGGGACUUCGUAAGAAGUUUGAGCGGCUUCAAGAGGAUAUGUCCAGCGCGUCUGGCAACUUUGCAUUCUACGAAGCCAGCUGGCGAAAGAAGGAAGAAGACUUGAUUGCCAAAAACACAGCGCUUCGGGCAAGUUAUGAGCGUGAAGUGAAACUGCGAGAAAAACUAGAAAUGGAAAUUGGCGACCUUCAGCAGCAGGAGAAGGAGGCAACCAAGCUGCGGUUCAUCUUCGGACAGUCGCAGCGGGAAAAUGCACGGCUCGAGGAGUUGUUGAUGACUCUGAGACAAGAAAAUCACGACUUGCAAAACAAAGCUGCUCGCUUCGAACGCGAGUUUAACGAGGCGCGGGAAAGUAGCCAUGCUGAAAUCAAGAGGACUAGAAAGUCUAUGGAGGCCGAUCUUGAUGCGGCUAACAACCAGGUGAACUACGUUCGUGCAGAGCUAGAGUCUCAAAUCAGCAGCCUCCAAAACCAAUUGGAUGGCGUCAGAUUGGACGCCGAUACAGCUAAGGCCAGACACGAGCUGCAACUGGAGGAAGCUACCGAUGCGAAGAGGCUUGCUCUCACGGAAUCUGCUGAAUCGAAGGAGAAUGCACUUCAGGAACAGCGUCUCCUCCACGAACGCGGCCUGAACGAUCUUCGCGAACGCCAUGCACGAGCUUUACAUAAUGCCUCGGAAGAUCGACAGCGUGGCGAGUCUCACUUGAUGGAGCUACUAGCGCUGCGGGAUGAGAAGAUUGAGCAUCUGGAAGAUAAACUCGUCCUAGUUGAAGAGAAGCUUGAGAUUGCAAAGUCGGCAGCACGCGCGGCGGCGCAGGCGGCACAAAAUGCCAAGACUACCUCCACCCUGCCUCCUAGCCAGCCAACGUCGCCGUCCAUGACGUUCCGCAGAGGCUCCGAGAUCCCCGAGAAGAUCUCACCGCAGGCGCUCCGGGAAUCCAUCAUGGUUUUGCAGGAUCAAUUGCAGCAGCGCGAAGGCCGUAUCGAGGAAUUAGAACAGGAACUCGCAGCCAUUGAUAAAGAUGCGCCUGCAAAAGUAAAAGAGCGCGAGAUAGAAAUCAACUGGCUCCGCGAACUCCUCGGUGUCCGCCUGGAUGAUCUGCAGGAUAUCAUCAACACUCUCUCCCAGCCAAGUUUCAACCAGCAAGCUGUCCGCGACGCAGCCAUCCGUCUCAAAGCGAACAUGCAGAUGGAGCAGCAAGAAAAGGAACGCGCCAUGUCCGGCGGCAAUGGUAACGGCAGCCAGCAAUUUCCGUCGCUAUCUACUCUCUCCAACCUCGCCGCCUCCCCACGCUCCUUGCCCUUAGCCGCCGCAGCGGCCUGGGGCAACUGGCGCAAAGCACGAGAAAACUCCGUCAUCUCCAACCCUUCGCCCGCGAACACAAAGAUGGCCAAAACCGCCACUGCCAAUGCUAAUGACCAUCGCACCCCUUCCAAGGGCUCCAGCAAUAGCCCACCCAGCUUCCUCUCCGGCCUCCUAACUCCGCCAAGCUCAAAUGUCCGUCAAUCGUCAGCAACGUACAGCGCCCCGCCUGGUCCCAUGCUAAUGGGCACUGGCAGCCGGCGUACCUAUUCAGAAAGCCGGCCGUUAAGGCACUACAAUAACAUCGACAACAGUGGCGGCCGCAGCGGCCCACGCAGGCUGUCCACGCGCAGGGGAGAGAAACUGCCGCAGGAGCUGGAGCUGGAGCUGGAAUUGGAGCUGGAGCCGCCGACGACGCCGCCGCUCCUGCGUCAAUCGAGCUAUGACCAGGAUGCGCAGGCGAGAAACUAUCAUGGUUAUGGCUCGUAUGGCGAUGAUGGCGAUAGUGUGAUUGGCGGGGUUAUUUCGUCUCAGGACGAGGGGAGGGUGGGUGGUGGGGAUGCGCCGUUUGGGCCGUCUAUAUGA